AUGGACAGACAGGUGAUAUAUGCUGAUUUAAACGUAUCCAGGAAUGCUGGCCUUCAAAGCUCAUCACCUCCAUCUCUUCCUCAGAAUGUUUGUCAGGGUCCACCUUGGCAUAAAUUUGCUCUGAAACUUGGUUGUGCUGGGAUUAUUCUUCUUGCCUUGACUGUGAUUGGGUUGAGUGUUUCAGUGAUAUUCUUGAGACAAAACUCAUCAACAGAAAAAAGCAGCACGGAUGCUCAAGAGAACAGGAAGGAAACAACAGAGAGACCAGUUCUGUUAAAGUGCCCAACAAAUUGGCAACUAAUCCGAGAUAAAUGCUUGUUUUUUUCUGACACUUACAAACCUUGGAAUGACAGUCUAGCCGACUGUUUCACAAAAGAAUCCCGUCUGCUGCUUAUUCAAGAUCAGGAAGAAUUGAGACUCAUACAAAACCGGAUAGACAAAGGAGGAAUUCCAUUUUGGAUUGGAUUAAAUUUUACAUUAUCAGAAAAGAACUGGAAGUGGAUAAAUGGAUCCUUUUUAAAUUCUAAUAUAUUACAAAUUACUGGUAAUGCUGAAGAAAACAGUUGUGUUUACCUCUCAACGAUACAAAUUUUUUCCGAGAACUGUGCUACAGAAAAUAAAUGGAUCUGUCAAAAAGAACUAAAACCUGUCAAAAAUAAAGUAUGUUCUGCCACUUGA